UGCCCUAGUUGUAUAGUCUUCCCCUCCCCGCCUCCGUUCUCAGAUUCAAUCUUCAGUUCAGCAUCUCAGGUACACAGUACCACCAAUUCAAGCUUCAGCCGGCAUCGCCACCGUUCGCCGCCGUACCUCGCACUAUUCCGGUCACUUUCUCCCCUCAAUUUCUCACCCACCCUCGCCUCUCAGCGUCGCAGGGUGGAGCUCAGCACAACUCCAAAAUGCAGUCUACUGAAGCCCCCACUUCCAUGGAAGUAGAAGCCAUGUCAACUAAACCGAUAACCGAAGUUGGCACCUUGCCACCAAAACCACAGUUUGAUCCUCUAAAGCCUCAUGAGAUGAAUGAUGGCCGAGUUCAGUUCCGGAAGGUGUCUGUUCCUCCGCAUCGCUAUUCUCCUCUCAAGAAAGCAUGGAUGGAGAUUUACACCCCAGUAUAUGAGCAGAUGAAAAUUGACAUCCGUAUGAACCUCAAGGCUCGUAAAGUUGAACUGAAAACCAGAGAAGACACGCCCGACAUCAGUAACUUGCAAAAAUGUGCAGAUUUUGUCCAUGCCUUCAUGCUUGGUUUUGACAUAAUCGAUGCAAUUGCACUCUUACGAGUUGAUGAACUCUACGUCGAAUCUUUUGAGAUUAAGGAUGUUAAAACACUUCGAGGUGAACACUUAUCUCGUGCCAUAGGCAGAUUGUCUGGUAAAGCUGGUAAAACAAAGUUUGCGAUCGAAAAUGCUACAAAGACGAGGAUAGUUAUUGCAGACACCAAGAUUCACAUAUUAGGAUCCUUUGCCAACAUCAAGAUUGCUAGAGAUUCUCUUUGCAGCCUCAUUUUAGGUUCCCCUGCAGGAAAAGUUUAUUCAAAACUAAGAGCAGUUACAGCCAGAUUGGCUGAAAGGUUUUGAUCUUUUAUCCCUUUUGCAUACUAGUUAUUUGAGGAAGAAUGCAACUUUAUUGAAAUGCUUAUGCAAUUAAAGUUUUGCCCUAGACACCAAUUGUUAAUCGAUCCAUGUUCACAAAAUGAAUAGAAGAUGAUCGGUGUUUGCUGCUGUUGUCUUCCUAAGUCGAGAUCAAUAUUGACUGAACUGAAGUAACUUUGAUAUCUGUUACAGUCGAAAUGUGUACUAUCAUCUUAUGGUAAUAUCUGAGGGGUUUUGUUCA